GAAGCUUGGUCUCCCCAUGUCAUUCUUUCUUGUUUCCUUUUCUCUCCUUUUCUUCUCUGUUCUUCCUUCAGGAUGACUGAUUUGGAGCGUGGGGGCUCUCUGAGACCACUUACUUGCCUGGGCUUCUAAGACCCACUUGAGAAGGUGCCUAAGGUGGGGUACCUUCAGCUAUUCGAGAGGGUGCCUGCGGCCUCCGUGGUCAGAGCAAGUUCGGUGUCACGAACUUUAUUGGUUUCCCACGUAAACCAGUCAGGUCAAGCCUCUGUCUCUCCGCUUUGCUAUUCUUUUGCCAACGCCGUCCUCCUGAGGAUAUCCCUGGAUCCAACUGGGGCUAGACCCCGGUAAGUGGCGCCCGGAACAGGCUAUCCAAAGGAUGCAAUUUGGAUCCCGGACAGACUGAUUCGUCAUGUCACAGCCCCCCAGGCAUCUGGUCCCUCCACUGCCUCGACCACAAAAAAGGAAGGGACCUCCUCUACCUCCACGCCCUCCACCAACACGGGAAGCCCAGCUGAUCUCUAGACGAAUGACACCAGAGAUCCCAGAUGAACAGGAAGAGGAACCACCCACCAGACAGAUGUCACAGCUCCGUAUAAGAGAUAUUGUUCCCCCUAAUUCUUUACCCCACAGGAAAUCACCGGGAUGUCCUACGCGGGCCACUCAACAAGCCUCUAUACCUACCUGGGGACAGAUUAAGACACUUUGUCACCAGGCACAAGGGAUAGCUUCCCCACAGGGCUCUCCAGCCUCUCCGGAGAGAGUGUUUAUUGCUAUGCUUGCCUUACUAUCUUGCCAGGUAAGCGCCUCCUCUCCCGCUCCAGAAAAGUAUUGGGCAUACUUCCCAGAUCCUCCAACCUUUCAAGUAGUUACUUGGAACAAUGCCCCUAUACGGGUCCACACAAACCAGCCUCAUUUAUUGGGAGGACAUUAUACUUUCUAUACAAAUGAGGAAUACCCUAUUAAUUUCAAUUAUACCUUUAGGGGAUUAACAGACGAUCUCCCUGUUUGUUUUAACUUCCCUUUUGGUCAUACAGGAAGCUUUAUUACUCCUACCAAAGAAGGAUGUAUUGGAGCCUCUGAAAAAGCAAUUAUAACAGAUUCUCCAUCCUUAAGAUAUCGGUCAGUUUGGGUAUUACUGGCUCGUAUGCCUGGGAUCCCUGACCCCUCUAAAUCCCUGCAUUUUAAAUCUCCACCAAAAUAUCCAAAUUGUCAUAAUGCUGCCCCUUCAGAUGCCAUAUGGAACACUAUAGAUGGUCAUUCAGGAUAUCCGAUUUGGAAAUCUUGUACUUAUAAUUCUAGAAUUGACUACAGAAUACCAGGAGGAAAUUAUACCAUUCAGGACUGGAGCAACCCGGAUCCAGGUCAGGAUCCAAUGAUUGAUGAUGCAUUUAAAGGGAGAUUUGACAAUUGGAAAGACUAUUCAGUUCCUUGGCCAUUACGCGCCACUAGAUGGCAUCGUAAUCAAUUUGUUCCUCCUAUGCUGUCUUAUACGGCUAAGGGCAGAACUUACUGGCAACCAGAAAUUUGGAAGGCCCUUACCGCUACUGCCCCUAUUACCUUAACCCGGCCAGAAAAUACUUCUACUUAUUCUGUUUUAGCUUGUCUACCCUCGCCUUAUGUUUUUCUCUUCACUAAUGACUCCAAGAGACUUAAUAUACACAUGAAUUAUUCGGGUGGACCUAAUAUAGUAACUUGUGAACAAUGUAUGCUCUCAUCUUGUUUGACCCCUCAAUAUAAUGUUAGCUCUUUUGUGGUGUUGCAACGCCCACCCUAUCUUAUGGUGCCUGUAACUAUAACCACACAUUGGUAUGAUAACUAUGGUCUUGCUGUAUUACAACAAGUGCGGGAUUUAAUGCGAUCACGACGGUUAGCAGGCUUACUUUUCCUGGGAGUAGCAACUUUAAUAACCGGAAUUGCUUCUGUUUCUAUGGCAGCAGUUUCAUUGACUAAACAAGUACACACUGCUCAAUAUGUUGAUGCUAUGUCCAAAAAUGUUUCUUUAGCAUUGGCAACAGAGGAAGCUAUAUUCAGGAAGCUGGAGAUGAGGAUAGAUGCCCUAGAGGAAGCAAUAUUGCAUAUUGGAAAUGAAUUGCAGGCUUUAAAAGUGAGAUUGGCACUGUCCUGUCAUGCCGACUACCGGUGGAUUUGUGUAACACCCCUGAAAGUAAAUGAGACAGAUUAUGACUGGCAAAAAAUUAAAAAUCAUAUUUUAGGUGUCUGGAACAGCUCCGACAUUAGUUUAGAUUUAAGGAAACUUCACAGUCAAAUGACAACCAUAGAACGCUCUCACUUAGAUUUUACUGCCUCAGGAGUAGCAAGUGACUUCUUCCAUACAUUAUCUAACUUUGUUUCAGGAAAGUACUUUCUGUCUGCUAUUUUUAACUAUGCUGCUGUGGCCGCUCUAAUUCUGCUUAUCAUAUUCAUUCUUCCUUGUAUUGUCAGAAUUCUCCGACAGAGCAUUCAGAAGCUCGAGACUGAAUUGCAUCUGGCUUCCUUAAGAAAUAAAAAUGGGGGAGAUGCCGGGAGCCAGCACGGGAGUUCCCACCCAUGACAAAGGUCGUGCGGAGAGGCCUGAUAUGCAAAGGCGAGUCAGGACUCGAGGGGCCCCUGGAUCUGCUUGAGCAUCUACCCCCAAACCAGAAUCUGUCUGUUUUACUACUCUACGACUUUCACCAACUCCUCUGACAUUAACGGGGGGCUAUCCCUGAUCACCUUUC